AUGGCGACCGAGCAGCCCCCGCAUGACAACAACUGGUAUGAAGAUACCGACGAAGAGGUUGCUGAUCAAUCAGUUGGUCUCCCAAAGAUCGGAAGCUUUACUCUUUACAAGAUUACACCCCCACUUUUGGAUCCAGAGGACCUGGAAAUGUGGAUUGACGAAGUCCGGAAGACCUUACGAGGCCAUAAUCUUCAUAACUUGAUAGACAAAUCGAUUCCAUGGCCUACACGAGAUAGCCCGAAUAGAAGAAAAUGGAAAGCUCUGUCAAUUCAGGUUCGCACCUGGAUAUCUAGCAGCAUUGACUACGAAGUGCGGCGAAGUAUUUUUGACCGAGGUGUUCGAACGGUCUUUGCAGAUGAACUGGUCGAACAGAUCAAGGACUAUAUGGAAAUAGAAAGUUAUGGAGUCUUGAGACUUGCAAUGAAAUCGUGGAUGAAAUGUACACGAAAACAAUACUCAACGAACAGAGAGUUCAUCAAUGCAAUCAGAACCAAAUACCGAACUCUCUUGGGUCUGAAACUAGGACCUGCUCCUUACUUUGCCAUACAAAAGAUGAUCAUGGAGCUGAUGGAGGUGCCGGAUUUGAAGAGUUUCAUAGUCCUCAAAGACAAUGAACUAGAUGGCAUCAAGAACCCUGUGACAACAAUCACAGUGGCGGACUUCCAGAGGUACUGCACGUCAAUUGAGCAGCAUAUCAAGAUGACAAAUGCCGAUUAUGCAAGCUUCUCUUCCCGGUAA